UAAUUUUCUUUUUUAAUGACUGAAAAAAUUAAAUUUACAAUUAUACCCUUCAUUCCUUACAAGUAACAACAUCGCAGGAGAUCAUUGUCGACUUCCAUUGUUGAAGCUUGCAAUUUCCACUCAACUUUGCCAAUUUUCUGGGAAUCAAUCCCACCAUUUUUCUCCAGAAAAGGAAGCAAUUGAUCUGAAAUACAGAUCUACCCGAAAUCAAGGAAGACAAAGAUGGUCUUAGUUACAGCAGUUCGUGAUUACAUCAAUCGUAUGAUACAAGAUAUCUCCGGCAUGAAAGUUCUUAUACUCGAUUCUUCUACGGUUAGUAUCGUAAGUGUUGUCUAUAGUCAGUCUGAUCUACUGAAGAAGGAAGUGUUUUUGGUGGAAUUGAUAGACUCCAUCUCAAUGUCAAAGGAACCCAUGUCUCAUCUUAAAGCUGUGUACUUCCUUAGACCCACAUCAGAAAACAUCCAGCACUUGAAGCGUCAGCUUGCUAGCCCUAGAUUUGGAGAGUGUCACCUUUUUUUUUCCAACAUAUUGAAUGACACUCAGAUUCACAUAUUAGCAGAUUCAGACGAACAUGAAGCUGUGCUGCAAGUUCAGGAAUUUUACGCAGACUUUGUUGCUGGUGAUCCUUGUCAUUUCAGUCUCAACAUUUCUUCAAAUCACCUCUACAUGCUUCCAGUGGCUAUGGAUCCUUCAAAUUUGCAACACUAUUGUGAUAGAAUUGUUGAUGGCAUAUCGGCUGUUUUUCUAGCACUAAAACGUCGACCUAUAAUCAGAUACCAAAGAACAUCUGAUAUUGCAAAAAGAAUAGCUCAGGAUACUGCCAAAUUGAUGUAUCAGCAAGAGAGUGGUCUCUUUGAUUUUCGGAGAUCAGAAACAUUGUUGCUUGUGCUGGAUAGAAGGGAGGAUGCAGUUACUCCAUUGCUAAAUCAAUGGACUUAUCAGGCAAUGGUUCAUGAAUUGAUAGGCAUCCAAGAUAACAAGGUUGAUUUGAGAACUUUUGGAAAGGUUCCUAAAGAUCAGCAGGAGGUUGUGUUAUCUUCAGAGCAAGAUUCAUUCUUCAAAGCCAACAUGUAUGAGAAUUUUGGAGACAUUGGAAUGAAUAUCAAGAGAAUGGUGGAUGAGUUCCAACAGAUUGCAAAGAGUAAUCAGAAGAUACAGACAAUUGAGGACAUGGCCAAAUUUGUUGAUAAUUACCCUGAAUACAGAAGAAAGCAGGGGAAUGUUUCUAAGCAUGUCACACUGGUAACAGAAAUGAGCAAGAUAGUUGAGGAGAGAAAGCUUAUGUUAGUGUCUCAAACAGAACAAGAGUUGGCUUGCAAUGGUGGACAAGGGGCAGCGUUUGAGGCUGUGACAACUCUUCUCAACAAUGAAAAUGUCUCUGAUAUUGAUCGUUUAAGGCUGGUAAUGUUGUAUGCUUUGCGUUAUGAAAAGGAAAGUCCUGUCCAGCUGAUGCAACUUUUCAACAAGCUUGCCUCCAAAUCUGCAAAGUACAAGCCUGGGCUGGUACAGUUUCUUUUGAAGCAAGCUGGUGUUGAUAAGCGUACUGGGGACCUGUUUGGGAAUCGAGAUCUAUUGAAUAUUGCUCGUAACAUGGCCCGUGGACUGAAGGGUGUUGAGAACGUAUAUACCCAACAUCAACCUCUUCUGACCCAGACAAUGGAAAGCAUUUCUAAGGGGCGAUUGAGGGAUAUUGACUAUCCAUAUGUUGGAAAUCACUUCCAGCCAGGAAGACCACUAGACGUAGUCAUAUUUAUUGUUGGAGGGACUACGUAUGAGGAAUCACGCUCUAUUUCCCUGUUUAAUUCCACCAAUUCUGGGAUUCGCUUUAUACUCGGAGGCACAACAAUUCUCAACUCUAAAAGGUUCUUGAAGGACCUUGAAGAUGCCCAGAGAAUGAUCCGGUCCAGCAGUACUGUAGUUUGAAACAUAAACCACUCACUUUGGAGCUCUACUGAUUCAUGACAGCAUGAAGCCAUGUUGGGUAAAAAAUGCUUUUAGGCCAAUUUUUAAUGGAAGCUUAGCUCAGCGUAAUCCAUUUCUUCAGCCAUGUCUGCUGUAGUUUCCGAAUUCUUGAUGAAGUGUGUGUAUGAUCCAGAGCAUGAGCCCAUCAAUUGUCGUGCAAGGUUACAAACUGUUGGACUAUCAAAUCUCGAUGGUGCUAGCUAACACUAGUCUGUUUAGUGGACAAUGUAGAGGGUGUUUGUUGAUUGAAAUUUUGUAUACUUCUUUGAUACGAAAGAGGAGCUGUAUCUAUAAAGGAGAGGAGAGGCCAAACCGUCAAAUGUAGAAAUUAGACAGGCUGCCUUUUUGUUUCCUGGCCUUGUACAUCAAUGUUUGAGAGCUUUAUAACUGGAAAAGGGAAAUCUUAUGUCAUUUGUAGAUUUUAUGUAUGAAUUCAGGUUUUAUCUAACUUGUUCAUCUUGAGAUGUC